AGGAAAAAAUAGACCCAAUUGAUUUUGCUUUCCACGAAACAAUUGGCUGCAUGAGUCCACGGCCUAAGCCCCAGACGCUUGUGGGAUCUUGAAUGUGGGAUUCCCGCCAAAAAUGGCAAAGACCUGGCUUAGCUCACACAAUAGCACACGUAACCAGCUAUAUAUAAGACCAGCAGGCCAGGUGUUGACCACACGCCCCUCAUUGUGUUUCUGCAGGCAGGGCUGCGAGGCAUCUGAAAGCAGGUCACAACUAAAUAUAUAAACACUCUGCGCUGUUAGUGGAGAGUGACCCGCCCGCCUGAGCCGCUAACAUACCUCACAGUCGCAGUGUUUACAGGAGCGGCAGGCAGCUGUUUUCAGCAAACAAGCCCUGAUAAACCCACUAUACACUACCUGCCCAGCAGCAAACAGCAGACAGACACAGUUAGAGACCAGCUGGUGAGGAAAGUGGAACGUCUAGCAGAGUGAUGAACACUUAUGAAGGUGAAGAGGAUACCUAUGACUACAUCAUCCAGCUCAGUAUUCAAGACUCCUGCCAAGAUGCCUUUCUGAAAUCUGCAGCAAGUUUAGCAGCAGCGACGGAUGAAAAUUUGAGAGUCCUGGCUGCCAUCGAGCAAGGUGAGGUCUCAGUGCUCAGGGAGAUGCUGGGGCACACCUUCGCCUUCAGGGAGUCGGACAGUCGUGGCUGGCUUCCCCUCCAUCGAGCCGCAUCCCAGCCAGUCCUGGAGGUUCUGGAGACUGUCUUGAGAUUGGCAGCUCAGGGGUUCAGCCUGGAGGAGAGGACAACUGUGGGGGGAGAGACGCCACUGACACUGGCAGUUAAAGCCGGACUGGUGCAGAAUGUGAAAAGCCUGCUGGAGCACGGAGCCUCACCUCACAACACCAACAGCAAAAACGAGUCGCCGCUGCUGCUCGCAGUGAGGGCCGGCUCUUACGAGAUGACGCACAUCCUGGUGACUCACGACACCUGGGUGGAUCAGGUUUGCCAGAAGAAGUGGACGGCGAUGCAUGAGGCGGCCAAGGUCGGCAACGUGGACAUCCUGAUGCUGCUGCUGAGGAACGGCGGUCGGGUAAACCACAAGGACGUGACGGGAGUGACGCCGCUCGCCGUGGCUGCAGAGCAUGGACACUUCCACAUCACUGAGAUUCUGCUGAACUGUGGUAGCAGAGUGAACUCUCAGGCCUGUAAUGGAGAAAGUGUCCUGAUGGACGCAGCCGGAUCAGGGAACACCGCCUGCAUUCAGCUGCUGCUGGACAACGGAGCCAACCCCAACCUGCCCAGCCUCACCGGACACCUGCCCAUUCACAAGGCAGCGUACGCCGGACACUACGAUACUCUGAAGAUGCUGAUACCUCUGACCACCAAGAAGGCCAUCAAAGAGGCGGGUCAGAGUCCGGUCCACUCUGCAGCGGAUGGAGGCCAGAGCCGCUGCCUGGAGCUCCUGUUGGCCUGCGGCUUCGACGUCAACUACCGCAUGAACACGAGAAACUCUGAAAACUACCGCGACAUGAGGAGGAGUGCAUUGUACUUUGCCGUCUCCAACGGGGACGUGGACUGCACCAAAGUCCUGCUGACAGCCGGGGCGAAAACAGACCUGGACCCGCUGUGCUGCCUCCUGGUGGCGGUCAGGUCAGGGCGCUACGAGAUUGUAAAGUUGCUGCUGGCGGCCAAAGCGGACGUGAACUGUUACUUCACGGUGGUGAGCGACACAGUGUUUCCCACAGCGCUGCAGUACUGCCUGAAGGACGAGGUGAUGAUGAGGCUGCUGCUCAACAAUGGCUACAAGGUGGAGAGAUGCUUUCACUGUCACCAUGACAACGCUUUUGAUGCUGCGGAAGAGGGGGAGGGGAAAAUCCCAUUCUGUGAGUUCAUGAGCCUCAGCUGCCUCAUGCAUCUGUCUGGGAGCGUGAUCCGGAUCCUGCUGGACUACGUCAACCACUUCCACAUCUGCUCCAAGCUCAGACUCAUCCUGGAGAAACAGACAGAGUGGCCCGAAAUAUGCGACAUCCUCAACAGUCCUCGCUCCCUCAUCCACCUCUGCAGACUGGAGAUCCGGAGGCGUCUGACCCUAAAGAGACUCAGCAACCCUGAAAUCAUGAACUCACUCGUUUUCCCGCCCAGACUGAAGAGCUUCAUACUGUACCAGGAGCUCGACCUCUACAGCCUGGACCCUGAACGCAUCAUGUGAAGAUAUGUGGAUUUUCUCUGGAAGAGUCCUUCUUGUUUUGAAAGGAUGCAACAAUUUUUUAAAUCUUUGUAAUCUCUCGUUUUGAUAAGCACAAUACUGUAUAGAUAAACUUUAUUAUUAUUAUUUUUAAAGUACUUUUUAUCAUAGAUUGUGAUUAUUCUGUUUUGGAAUAAAUGUGUGAUUCUAAAAGUCAGAAUCUAUGUUUUUACAGAAAAUGUAAAUGUUUGUUGAAAUAUAAUUUUUUUUUCCACAUUUCAGCCCAUUUACUCCAAGUCAAAUGUACUUUACACUUCUUCUCACUAUUUUCCAAAUCACAUCCCCGUUAAGUUUUUUUUUUUACAAUGUGGCACUUUUUGACCCCUUAGUGGCCCAUGGGUGGUGUUGAUGAUCAGCCCACCUGUCUGCAAGAUAUCUCAACAACUACGUGACAAACUUUAAUGUAAUUUACUGUGAAUAUUCGUGGUCCUCAGCGGAUGAAAUCGUAAUGAUUUUGGUGACCCCCUGACCUUUCAUCUUCUAGCGCCAUCAUCAAGACAAAAUUUCCAUUUGCAAUUGUUUUGAGAUAUCAACAUCUAAUGCAAGAAAUUAUAAAUGGUGAUAUUCUAUAUUUUUCUUAUUGUUAACCCCACGUGCAGACCCAACCCAACAAUGAAUUGAUCUACUAACAAGUAAUGUGUGUGUAAUAAAAGCCUGAUAUAUCUUCCUCCUCUGAGCCAUAG